CAUGCAGAGAGUUAGACGUGGUUGUUCGACUCUCUGUGUGGUGUGUGCUCAAAAGUCAUACCGACCUGUGCCCAAUUCUUAUCGUUUCAAGGUCACCUGAUGUUCAUCUCAACACCGUCAUUGUCUGUACGAACGUACAACCUCUUGUGAAUAAACCGAGAUACAAGACUUCUGUACGUUUGUUAAGAAAGGACAAACACUUACAAGUUUUGGCUCUUAAACCGGCCGCGUGGACAAAGAAGCACAUCUUUCACGACUUUACCGCCAUCAACUCCCACUAAAGAACCCAUCGACAAUAUGACUAUCGCACAGGCUCCCCCCAUCUUGGACUUCUCUGUAUUCUAUGGCGACGAUGAGGUUGCCAAAGCCAAGUUGGUUGAGGAGGUCAGAAAGUGCUGUUUGCACAACGGAUUCUUCCAGAUCACAGGUCAUCGUGUUCCAGCCGAAUUGCAACAAGACCUCCUCAAAUGUGUAAAAGAGUUCUUUGCUCUUCCACAAGAAGAAAAGGAAAAGGUUCUCAAAGAUAAAAACACCUGGAACAGAGGCUACGAAAAGAUCGGAUCCCAGAUUCUCGAGGCUGGCACCUCCCCAGAUCUAAAGGAAGGCUACUAUAUUGGUGAAGAAAUCAGCAAAGAUCAUCCUUAUUUUGUACAGAAGAAGUUGAACAGCGGACCCAACUUCUGGCCUGAGGGACUUCCCAAUGUCGAAAACUUUCGAGAAACAUCGAUGCGAUAUUACAGAGAAAUGCAUGCUUUGGCAAGGGAUGUGCUGGUUGUCCUCGCUCAGACCCUAGACCUCGACCCUGAAUACUUCAAAGGCUUCACCACCGACGCUGUGGCUACACUGAGGCUGCUGCACUAUCCACCACAGUCACCGGAUUCCGAUGAAAAGAUCUCCAGAGGUAUUGGCGCACACACUGAUUUCGGAUCUGUGACGCUGUUGAUGCAAGACGAGGUUGAUGGUCUUCAAGUUUACGAAAAAACCACGAACGAGUGGCUCGAUGUUGAACCAAUUAAAGGUGCCUACGUGGUUAACUUGGGCAACAUGUUCAUGAGAUGGUCCAACGACAAGUACAUCUCCAAUCUUCACCGAGUCAUCAACAAGUCUGGAAAAGAGCGAUACUCGAUCCCAUUCUUCUACAGCGGUAACCCCGACUACGUGAUUGAAUGCCUUCCUAACUGCCGGAAAGAAGGCGAACCAGCCAAAUAUCCUCCCAUCACGGUUGAAGGUGCAGUUGGAGGGAGUUACAAGCAGAGCUACGGUGCUGCAACCGCGUUCAAGUCAUCACUUGCCACGGCGGCGCCAGGUCCUUCUGCGGUCACGGCAUAAACUUGUUGCUUGUCCUAUAUUCUGCUGUAUGCGCAGCGGUGUCCUUCUGGCCCAUUCCUAUCGCUACAAGGAGAACCAGUGGUAGUUUUUAUUAGCGUCAUGUAUCAGUGGUUUAUGAAGCUUCAUUCUUUUUUGAUAUUGCGACAAGAACUGCAUCUACAUCAAAACUUCCAUAGGUUCGCUUAAAGUGACAAUUCCCG